AUGAGUGAACCAGACCCUCGAGCGACUGAAGCUCAACAAACGCGAGCAUUUGUGAGGCGGAAGAGACAACAAGUUGGCAGAGCCUGUGACGGCUGUCGACUCCAGCGGAUAAAAUGCGACACCAGCGUUCCAUGCCUCAACUGCCGCACGCGCGGUCGUGAGUGCAGCAACAAUAACUCGCCUACUGUGUCGACUCUUCCUCAAGCGCAAGAUGAGAUCGAUAAACUGAAGCGUCGAGUGAAAGAGCUUGAAGCUCAACUUUUGCAGGCGCGUAAUAACGACACGCCCGCUUCACAACAACAGGAACCGACGCCGCCUGGCGGAUCACCAGCUCUCACAAGACCAGCUCCUCAGGAAAGUACUAAGACAAAAUUUUGGGAUGGCGUGUACCUUCGCCCAGCACGGUCGCCGCACAGCGCUUGGUUCGGACCUUCGUCACUUUACUUCUUCAUUCAUCGACUCAGCACAUUUCUUAGCGCUCAAGCCGACCACAUGCUUAUUCACCUAGCCAGUAACCUCGAACAGUUGGGCCAGUCAACCGCACCACAAGAUUCUUCACGACUGUUGGCGCCACUCACGCGAGUCAACGAGGAAGGCUUUUAUCUCACCCCGGUCCAGGAAGGGUUCUUCAUAAACCUGUAUUGGGAGACCUACCAUACAUGCAUCUAUGCCGUGGUCGAUGAGGCGAGCUUCAAGGCGCAUUAUCAAUCGCUAUACGUUGAUGUGCCAGCCGGAUCCCCGAGAAGACCAUCCGCAUUGGUGGACAUCAUACUCGCUAUGUGUAUGCAAUAUCACACGUCGGCGCUCCCAUGCGGCCAGCAAGGCAAUAUCCUCGAAGACAACGAUGCAACAAUGGCCGGUCGAUGGUACUACCGAAGAGCGCAGACUCUCUUGGCUUGCGAAGUCGAGAGCCCAUCCAUCUCCACUCUUCAAUGCCAUUUGCUCUGCGCUUUGUACGUCUGCGGGGGAUCCUUCCACAACAUGGCCGACACAACCAUUUCCCUUGCGAUCCGGACAGCUUAUAUGCUGGGCUUGCACUUGGAUCCACCGCCGACGAUGCCACGGCGCGAGCGCGAAUUCCGACGACGACUAUGGUGGUCCGUUUUCGAGGCUGAUUCCAAGGUCGGUAUGAAAGUCGGCCGCCCGUUCCUCAUUCGCGACUCGUACGUCAUGCCUGAACUACCCAGCGAUACUCUUGAGGCAGCGAUUGAGUCAGGCUCGGCAUUUCCUCCCAUCGGAGAUAAUGCGACAUGGCUGAGUCUCAACUUGCAGCGCACGAAGCUGUACCAAACCGCAAGAGCUCUCAAUCAAGCUUUUUUCGGGCACACGCUCAACAUAGCCGAUGGGAACUCCGUCUAUGAUGACCCAAGAACAAUGGAAGAUCUCGCAAAUGCCUGGAGCCCGCGAACAGUAGGUCUCACAGAGUGGGCGAAGCAGAUCCCCCAAGCCCUCAAGUCAAACCGGGAAAAUGGCAGCCCUUACUCCUUCGACGACUCCAUUCUCGAUAUCGAGCAGUUUGCACCACAGUGGCUUCAGCGACAGCGCUUGCAAUUGGAACUUGAGUAUCACCACCUCUGUAUCGGUCUCCAUCGUCCGUUCCUAUCUUUCGCUCUACAACAGGGAAGUUCGGCAACCGCAAUGGCAGCCAAAUGCGCUCAACAUGCGAUGCAGCUCACAAACAUAACUCACCAAGUCUUGUCCAAGACCUCAAUACUCAACGGCUGGCAUGAAGCUUUCCAGUGGCAGUGGAGCGCUGCGAUGACCUUGGUCGGAUUUGCUGUUGCGUAUCUGACUCACCCGCUUGCGCCCGCCGUACGCUCAUCCAUAAAGGUCGCUGUCUCUGUUCUCGACAUCUUCGCUCAUAGCUUCGAUGCUGCCUCCAAAGCCGCUGUCAUCGUCCGUACCCUGCACACGAACAUCGAGUCUGUCAUGGCCCAGCUUGAGAUGCAAUCAAGCCCAACGGCCGUGGCAACGAUGGAUAAUCCCCUUUUGUAUAAUCUACCUGUUCAAGGAGGAAUGCCGAACACAGUUCCCAAUCAGUUUGAUGCACUCGGUGGAGAUUUCGAUCUUCUUGAUAUGGCGAUGAACGUGGACUUUUGGGCUGAUCUCGACAUGCUUCUACCAGGGAUUUCGGGGUCAACAACUGAUAUAACUGCUACUUAG